AUGGGAUCCGGUGGGGCCCACCAACACCGGGUAGGUGGUGGUAAAAGGCAUGGCCAGCUGCUCCUUGAAUUCGGAUUUCGCGUAUACGAAUAUGAGAGCGAUGUCUUACCGAGCAUGGCCACCUCUUUAAUGGACGAGCUGAACAUUACUACAAGUCUCUGCGGCAUGCGGUUUGUCGUUGGGGGAUCGGACGGCAUGUCCUCUAGAAGGUCAACUCUAGGAGGCGCUAUCAUUCUAGGCGAAGAGUAUUUUGGUGUUACUGUACUGCAUCCUUUCAUUGAAAGGCAUCAAAUCAAUGAGUCCGAUGAUGAUGAUCAAUCCGACUUGAGUGAUAGCGACGAUAAUGCUUCUAGUAUGGAUAUCGAUUUCUAUCUAGAAGGCAUUACUCUAGAUGCAGACACAAUCUAUCUCCUAGAGUCUGAGUCUUAG